AUGGCUGCCACUACCUUCUUCACCACCAGCGCCCCGGUCAACUUUGGCCGCUCCGGCUACAACAAGGGCAACUCCGACGAUGAUGAGGAGAACAAGCUCGUCAACUUUGGCCGAUCCGGCUACAACAAGGAUGACAAGGACGACGAGGAGACCAACAAGCAGCACUAA